UCGCGGGGCAUUCCGCUCAGCUCCCUCUCCAGCGCCGGACCUGGUGACUGCGACGCAAGAGUAGAUACUCUGGUUCGGGCAGCAUGUCUGACAAGCGGCCAGCAGCGGACGCCCAAGCUCGGCGGCUCCCCGACUCCUUCAAGGAUAGCCCCGGUACAGGCCUGGGACCCUGUGGAUGGAUUUUGGUGGCUGUAUCAUUCUUGUUCACUGUUAUAACUUUCCCACUGUCAAUAUGGAUGUGCAUAAAGAUCAUAAAGGAAUACGAAAGAGCCAUCAUCUUUAGACUGGGUCGCAUUUUACAAGGAGGAGCCAAAGGACCUGGUUUGUUUUUUAUUCUGCCGUGCACUGACAGCUUCAUCAAGGUGGACAUGAGAACUAUUUCAUUUGACAUUCCUCCUCAGGAGAUCCUCACCAAGGACUCAGUGACAAUCAGUGUGGACGGCGUGGUCUAUUACCGCGUUCAGAACGCCACCCUGGCGGUGGCGAACAUCACCAACGCUGACUCCGCCACCCGUCUUUUGGCCCAAACUACCCUGAGGAACGUCCUAGGCACCAAGAACCUUUCUCAGAUCCUCUCCGACAGGGAAGAAAUUGCACACAACAUGCAGUGUACCCUGGAUGAUGCCACUGAUGACUGGGGAAUAAAGGUGGAGCGUGUGGAAAUUAAGGAUGUGAAGCUACCGGUGCAGCUCCAGAGAGCCAUGGCUGCAGAAGCAGAGGCAUCCCGGGAGGCCCGGGCCAAGGUCAUUGCAGCUGAAGGAGAAAUGAAUGCAUCCAGGGCUCUGAAGGAAGCCUCCAUGGUCAUCACUGAAUCUCCCGCCGCCCUUCAGCUCCGGUACCUUCAGACACUGACCACCAUUGCUGCCGAGAAAAACUCAACCAUUGUCUUCCCUCUGCCCAUAGAUAUGUUGCAAGGCAUCAUGGGGGCAAGAAAGUGAGCCAUGUAGGCUGAUGCAGACAGAGAUGAGCUCUUCCCUCCUAAGGAUGAUGUGGGGACCAAACCAGCCUCUAACCCAUAAGGAGGGGGUGGGGCAAGAACCUUGACUCCUCCCCCCCCACCCCACCCCACCCACCCCCCGCCUUCCUCUUUCCAUAUGUCAAGUGUAAUGUUCUUAGAAUGUGUAGCGAUCCUAGCACCAGAUGAAGAUUGUUAGCUUGUAAAUACUGUAUGAGAGAGAGUGGUGAUUUCUGUAAGAUAAUCUCUUACUCUAAAAUAUUUAAAAGUUCGUGUUCUUAGGUCAUUAUGGAAUAGGUUAAAUCCCUCUUCUUUUGAAUUUCGUUGAGUCAUUCUGGGCCCUCUAGCAGCAGCCAGGCCAAAAGCAAGAAGGUAAACUGUCACCACCACCUGACACCUGGCUGGACAAAUGCUUUGGAGAACAGUGACCUCGGGCUACAACCAGCUUCUCUGGGCCACAUGUGCCUUACUUCUGGGAAAUCUUAGUUAAAGAAAUUUUCCUGAUAUCUGUUUACCUUAUGAAUUCAAACCAUGUUUCAGAAUUAUCCUUACUUGACAGUAGGCAUUUUCUUGCCCAUACAGUCAGCACUGGAGAAAAUGGUCAAGAUAAGGAAAAUGAUGACCCAACUCCAGAAAGACUUUUAAAUCCACUGCUAUCGAGGUCCUUUUAAAGUAAUACGAGGGUUUUUUUGGUUUUUUUUAAACUUUUCUGGGCCUCUUUAUGAGUAAAUGAUUCCUCUGUGGUCUGUCUUUCAAACCAGCUAAAUACUUGUCACAAAAGUGCUUUUUUUCUCACUUUUGCCUACUUUCAUAUAUCAGGUUCUAAAUAGUUUUGAUUUUUUUAAAAUAAAAUUUGCUCUAAGUUCUAUAAACGAUUGUUUAUAUACCAUUUGAAUAGCUUAAGGACUAAUACUUUUAAAAAAUAUAUCUUCAGAAAACCAUUAUAUUUUACUGUCUGCAUGCUAUGAACUCUUGUACGCUGUGAACUGUCUUGGUCACCAUUAAGUAGUGUGAGGAAUUCACAGACUUUUUUAAAGGGCAUGCAACAUCCAAUGAGCUUGGGAAGACACUGUCAAACUUAGUCUAUUUAUUUAGCUAUAGAUCUUCUUUUAUUUGCCUGGUCUUUUUUUUUUUUUUUUUAAUUCCUAUUAUAUAUGUUGAUGCUGAAAAAGGAAGUGGUCCACCCUUCUGAACCACGGCUGCUGCGUCUGUAAUAGUAGGAAGCAUCCUCUGUUUCACAAAUGCCUGUGAAGCUGAGUAACCUGGCAUUUUCUUCCUCUUGGUCUGGAAAGCCAGCUGCUGACAUUGGUACCACUUCCUCUUUGAAGCUCUGAGUUUACCUGGAGAAGUCUAAGAAUAGCGGCUUCCUGACCCAAAGCCACCCUUCUUAUCUGUCCUUAGCUGGGUCACGCUGUCAACCCCAGCCUAUGAGCCUUCCCUCCCCUGCAUCCCAUUUCCAAGCUUCUUUUAGAAAAAACCUUGAGCCACCAUGGGUCCAGGUGCCCGGCUGAGUUCAUUAGAUGUCUAUGGAGCAUUCUGGCUUGGAACUCAAGCUCCGUCUAUAUUUUGAAUUUUGAAAUAAUGAUAUUUCUCUCUUUUGUGAGGUGACUCACUGCUGAGGACCAGGAAUCAACCAGCUCUCCUGGCUAAAAAUCUCUUCUCAGACUUAGAGGUUCAGUGCUUUCUAUUCCUUAAGUUGCUCUGUCUCCAGAUACCAAACAGCCUUUGCCCUCUGCCUUGUGGCUUCAUAGUCCAAAGGGUUGGAAUUCAGUCGCUUGGGAGGGAGGAAGCAGAGAAGGAGCUGAGCUCUAGGAUGACAGUGUUAGUGCGAGAGAGUGCUUCCCAGGUGGCCUCCCUUUCCAAUGCCGUACGUAAUAAAGUGUGUGCUUUUACUCA